AACUCACCUGUGAUCGCGAGCAGAAUGAGUAGCGUGGCAUACUCGACGCCUGAGAGCACUGAGAUAUGCUGCAAGUGCAGGGGUAAUAUGGCAGGUGUCAAGGCCUUCUCCAUAUUGGCUAAUGAGGAUUGAGUGGAGAGUCAACGGCUUCAAUGAUAGUAAGAGUCAAGCACAGCUUGCAUCUGAUCCCUGAUCCAUCUCUUCAACCCGUACUGCCAUGGAUGGAACUGCGGAUUGCAUUUAUGGCUGGCUUUGCGUGCGGAGAAAACGACGUGCGGAGCCCGAAGGAAGACGUGCGGAGUCAAAUCCUCUGCGUAUCUCGAGAUAAACCCAUCUUUCACUCGGCCCAGAGAUAGCAAUAUAAAAAGGCUUCAGGCGCUCGCCUCUGGAAUGCCCCAGAUGACAUCACAAAGGGGGCCACCCCAUGCUCCAUAUGAGAACGAGGAUACGGGCUCGGUUGUCGUGCUGAACGGCGGCUCUCUUCAGCGUCAGCUGGGGAACCGCCACCUUCAAAUCAUCGCCAUUGGCGGCUCCAUUGGCACCGCGGCGUUUGUCAGCGUGGGCACUGCCCUUGCAGAAGGUGGGCCGGGCAGCCUGUUCAUUGCCUAUGUCAUCUAUGCCGUUAUUAUGGGCAUGCUGAACAACUGCGCCGCCGAGAUGGUGGUGUAUAUGCCUGUCAGUGGUGGGUUUGUCCGACUCGCCGGCCACUGGGUUGAUGAGGCCCUGGGGUUUAUGGCAGGCUGGAACUUUCUCCUCUACGAGGGCAUCAUGAUCCCCUUUGAGAUCACCGCGCUGCAGGUGGUGCUCUCCUUCUGGAGCGACAAAGUCCCUGCUAUUGCGAUCUGCUUAGUCUGUAUCUUUUUAUACGGACUGCUCAAUGUCUUUGCUGUCCGGGUUUAUGGCGAGGCCGAGUUCUGGCUCUCCACCGGGAAGAUCUUACUCCUCACCAUCCUCUUCUGCUUUACCUUCAUCACGAUGGUCGGGGGAAAUCCACAGGGAGACGCUUACGGCUUCCGUCACUGGAACCACCCAGGGGCCUUUGCAGAAUAUCUCUCUACAGGCAGCCUGGGCCGCUUUCAAGGCUUUCUUGCUUGUCUGUGGAACGCUGCGUUUCUGAUGGUCGGCCCGGAGUUGAUCUCCAUGAUGGCUGCAGAGGCCAAGCAGCCUCGGAUCUACCUCAAAAGUGCCUACAAGACAGUGUACGUGCGAUUCGCCAUCAUGUUUGUCGGAACCGGCUUCUGCGUUGGCAUCUUGGUGGCAUACAAUGACCCUACGCUGGUCGCCAUCGUCUUUGGAGACGCAUCGGGUAGUGGAACAGCUGCAGCAUCCCCAUACGUUAUCGCUAUGCACAACAUGGGGGUCACUGCCCUGCCACACCUUGUCAAUGCCCUACUCUGCACCAGCAUAUUUUCCGCCGGCAACAACAUCUUCUACAACGCCACGCGGACGCUCUACAGUCUAGCUCUCCAGGGCAAAGCUCCCAAGCAACUCGCGAAAUGCACAAAGGACGGAGUCCCCAUCUAUGCCUUUGGAGUCACCAUGCUGUUCCCCUUCUUGUCCCUGCUCAGUCUAUCGAAGAGUUCGGAAACCGUUCUGACCUGGCUGCUGAAUCUCGUCACCGCCGCGGGCAUCAUCGACUUUAUUGUCAUCGCGAUCACCUACAUCAGCUUCUAUCGCGCCUGCAAAGCUCAAGGCGUGUCUCGAGACAGCCUUCCCUACAAGGGUUGGUUCCAGCCAUACAGCGGCUACAUUGCCUUGGUUGCAGAGAUCGUCAUCGUCCUCUGCUAUGGCUACACCAGCUUUGAUCCCUGGAACGUUUCAACCUUCUUCACCCACUACACCAUGGUCAUUGUUGCUGUGGUCAUCUUCUUCUUCUGGAAAUUCUACAAGAAGACGAGAUGGCUGCGCCCCCACGAAGUCGAUCUCGUCUGGGAAAAGCCCUUGGUCGACCUCUACGAAUCAACCUGCGAGGAGCCCUUGACCACCUUCUGGGGCGAGACCUUGGAUAUGGUGCGUUUCUGGAAGGUGUCGAAACAAAACGACUUGGACUAAGCAGGGGGUAACCCGCUUGUAUAUAUAAUUAUAUCACAG